AGAAAAGAAAAGAUUCCUACACACAGACAUGCAGAGGAGUUAUAUAUGCCUACGGCAUUCCAUACAGAUUUACCAUAACCUAACCUUUUUCCCUAAUUUUUAGGGAUUUUCACACUUAUUUCUCUUUUGAGGGAAUUAAUUCCUUUUUUCUUUUUUUCUCGACGAACAAACAAAUUUGAUGGAGGAGCCAAUGGGGCGAAGAUUUGCUGUAGGAUACGCUUUGGCAUCUAAGAAACAAGCAAGCUUCAUUCAAAUUUCUCUCAUAAAUAUCGCUAAAGAGAAGAGCAUCGAUCUAAUCAAGAUCGAUUUGGAAAAGCCCUUAAUUGAACAGGGCCCCUUCAAUUUGGUUAUACACAAAAUCUACGGCGCCCAAUGGAGGCAACAGUUGGCUGAAUACUCUGCAAAGAACCCUAAUGUUUUGAUUAUUGAUUCCCCCGAUGCUAUCGAAAGGCUCCACAAUCGUAUUUCUAUGCUACAGGUUGUUAUGGAGUUGAGUGUUAUUGAAUGCGAAGAUGCUGUUUCUUUCGGGAUACCUAAGCAGAUUGCGGUUUACGAUGCGAGUGAGGUGUUGGAUAUGAAUUUGGAGGGUCGAGGUUUGAAGUUUCCGGUGAUUGCUAAGCCGUUGGUGGCCGACGGAAGUGCAAAAUCGCAUAAAAUGUCGUUGGUGUAUAAUCGGGAUGGGCUGAGUAAACUAAAACCGCCGGUCGUGCUGCAGGAGUUUGUGAAUCACGGUGGAGUCAUAUUCAAGGUGUACGUUGUUGGAGAUUACGUCAAGUGUGUGAAGAGGAAAUCUUUGCCCGAUGUGAAUGAGGAGAAUUUAGGGAGUUUAAAGGGUUCGUUAUCGUUUUCGCAGGUGUCGAAUCUGAAUUGUGUGGAGAGGAGUGGAGAUAGUUAUUACAAGAUGAUGGAUUUGGAUGAUGGUAAGACGGAGAUUCCUCCGAUGAAGUUGUUGGUGGAUAUCGCGAGUGGGCUGAGACGUGCGAUGGGGUUGCAUUUGUUCAAUUUUGAUGUGAUUAGAGACGAUAGGAUUGGGAAUAGGUACCUUGUCAUAGACAUUAACUACUUCCCCGGAUAUGCAAAGAUGCCUAGCUAUGAGCAUGUUUUGACCGACUUUUUCUGGGAUGUUCUAAAUCACACUAAUAAAAAGGAGAUUGAUUUGGAUUUGGAUUUGGAUUCGGAUACUAGUGGUUGCAAGAAUGAAGGGAGUAUGUUGGUUAGUAGUAAUGCUGAUGUGGACGAUGGAGCUGCAAAUCGCAUACUUGUUGUUGAUGAAAAGGAGAAUCCAAUCCAAGUUUAAGAACAAGGAAGGAGCUACACGACGCAUUUCUUCAUGAUGUAGCAAUAUGAAGCUUAUCCGUUCACACUAGUUAGAUUUAGCUUGUUCUUUCAGAUCUAGAUACGAGAAUUAGUAGAUUAGUUAAUAAGUAGGAUAUGCUUUGAGUCUGCUGCAAAAUAGGCAUGAGGUUGUGCGCUCUGCUCUGCGCUGUGUUGAUCAUGUAUAUUCCAGUUAGUUGCUGAGACGCAUAAUUUCAGUGGAGAUGGGUAAUUCUCAAAUACUCUCUGUUUUUUUCUUUUCUUUUCUUUUAAUGUUUUACUUGGUUGCAAUUCUA